AUGUCGGUCAAGUCGAUCUCUGUGUGUGCCAUCAAACACCACGCGCUCGGAGCUACACGCAGCGUGGCUGGAGGUCGCGCCGCUUUCAAUUGGCGUGAUCCACUCAUGCUAGCGGAACAGCUGACGGAUGAGGAGACCAUGAUCCAGAAAUCGGCCAACGACUACUGCCAAGGAAAAUUGCUACCGCGGAUUGUAGAAGCUAAUCGCAAGGGCAAAUUUGAUCGGUCAAUUAUGAAAGAAAUGGGCGACAUGGGCUUCUUAGGCCCUACCAUUCAGGGUUACGGUUGUGCCGGCGUUGGUUACGUUUCCUAUGGGCUCAUUGCGAAUGCGGUAGAACGUGUGGAUAGUGCGUAUCGUUCUGCAAUGAGUGUACAAUCAUCUCUAGUCAUGCAUCCUAUCAAUGCAUUUGGAUCGGAUGAGCAAAAGGAAAAGUACAUCCCGCGACUAGCUACUGGUGAGCUCAUUGGCUGCUUUGGUUUAACAGAACCGAAUCAUGGAUCGGAUCCUGGAUCGAUGGAGACACGUGCCAGAUUGAAGGGUGACAAGUACAUUCUUAACGGUUCUAAAAAUUGGAUCACCAAUGCUCCGAUUGCUGACGUCUUCCUCGUAUGGGCCAAAGAUGACGAAGGCGACAUUCGCGGAUUCAUUCUUGAAAAAGGUCUUCCAGGUCUGUCAGCCCCUUACAUUGAAGGCAAAGCGACAUUGAUGGCUUCUGCCACCGGAAUGAUUUUUCUGGAAGACGUUGAAGUUUCAAAGGAGAGCAUGCUACCAAAGGUGAUCGGUCUCAAGGGCCCUUUUUCGUGUUUGAAUAGUGCUCGUUAUGGUAUUUCCUGGGGUGCUCUCGGCGCAGCAUACGCAUGCAUGGAUGUUGCCCGUCAGUACACACUCGAUCGCAAACAAUUUGGCGCUCCAAUUGCAGCAAAUCAGCUUGUACAGAAAAAGCUUGCAGACAUGAGCACGGAAAUAGCGAUCGGACUUCAGGGAUGUUUACAAGUUGGUCGGCUUCUUGAUGAAGGCAAAGCGCCAGUAGAGCUAGUGUCAAUGGUCAAGCGCAACUCUUGCGGCAAGGCAAUUGAGAUUGCUCGCAAUGCACGUGAUAUGCUUGGCGGUAAUGGUGUCUCGGACGAAUACCACAUUAUUCGCCAUGUUGUCAACCUUGAAGCCGUAAACACGUACGAAGGCACGCACGAUGUGCAUGCCCUCAUCCUUGGUCGUGCCAUUACGGGUCUACCCGCUUUUGUGCCUCGUAUGGCUGCGUAA